CCGUUCGGGGCGGUGAUGGCGGGGGGCGGGCGGCGGGCGCGGCCGUGGGGAGACGCUGAGCCCACGGUCCCGCGGGAGCUGCUCGGCCCGGCCCGGCCCGGCCCGCGGCGCAAGACACCUCGUCCUGUGAGACAGCGACAAGCUGUUUCGCUCAGCAGCGUGAGGGUGCUCGGAGGAUGGCAGGCAGGGAGAUGUUUUCCCAUCAGCUCCACCAGCCUGAGGACCUGAUGCAAUAAGUCUCCGGACUGCCUGGAGCUGCUGCCGCUGGAGUCCAUGGCGUACACCGUGACUCCCACACCGGUGGGGCCUGUCGGCUCCCAGUACUGUGUCUGCAAAGUCGAGUUGUCCAUCUGCGGCCAAAACCUUCUGGACAGGGAUGUCACUUCCAAAUCUGACCCCUUCUGCGUCCUCUUCAUGGAAGUCAAUGGGAAGUGGGUGGAGCUUGACAGGACAGAGACAGCUGUGAACAACCUCAACCCAGUUUUUGCCAAGAAGUUCAUCAUCGACUACCACUUUGAAGAAGUGCAGAAGCUCAAGUUUGCCCUGUUUGACCAGGACAAGUCAAGCAUGCAGCUGUAUGAGCAUGACUUCUUGGGUGAAUUCUCCUGCACUCUGGGCAUGAUCGUCUCCAGCAAGAAAAUAACAAGGACCCUUCUUUUGGGGAAUGGCAAGCCGGCAGGGAAAGGGAUGAUAACGAUAGCUGCCCAAGAGCUCUCGGAUAACAGAGUGAUUACUCUGAGCAUGGCUGGCAGAAAACUGGAUAAAAAGGACCUAUUUGGGAAGUCAGACCCUUUCUUGGAGUUUUAUAAACCAGGUGACGAUGGGAAAUGGAUGCUUGUCCACAGAACGGAGGUGAUCAAGUACACGCUGGACCCCGUCUGGAAGCCGUUCACUGUGCCUUUGGUGUCACUGUGCGAUGGAGAUGUGGAGAAGCUGAUAAAGGUGAUGUGUUACGAUUAUGACAGUGAUGGGGGACAUGACUUCAUCGGGGAGUUUCAGACCUCGGUGGCCAGGAUGUGUGAAGCCCAAGAUGCCUUCCCGCUUGAGCUAGAGUGCAUUAACCCCAAAAAGCAGAAAAAGAAAAAGAAUUACAAGAACUCUGGGAUCAUCAUUGUGAAGUCCUGCAAAAUAACCAGAGAUUUCUCCUUCCUGGACUACAUCCUGGGAGGCUGCCAGCUGAUGUUUACCGUUGGGAUUGACUUCACAGCCUCCAACGGGAACCCACGAGACCCCUCCUCUUUGCACUAUAUCAACCCCAUGGGGACAAACGAGUACUUGUCGGCCAUCUGGGCUGUCGGUCAGAUCAUCCAGGACUAUGACACAGACAAGAUGUUUCCUGCUCUGGGAUUUGGUGCCCAGCUCCCGCCGGACUGGAAGGUAUCCCAUGAGUUUGCAAUUAACUUCAAUCCCACGAACCCGUUCUGUUCAGGUGUGGAGGGCAUUGUCCAAGCAUACUCAGCCUGCCUGCCCCAUAUCCGCUUCUAUGGACCCACCAACUUCUCCCCCAUCGUCAACCACGUGGCUCGCUUUGCGGCUCAGGCCACCCAACAGGAGGCUGCAUCCCAAUACUUCAUCCUCCUCAUCAUCACGGACGGGGUAAUCAGCGACAUGGAUGAGACGAGACACGCUGUGGUGCAGGCGUCCAAGCUGCCCAUGUCCAUCAUCAUCGUGGGAGUGGGCAAUGCUGACUUCGCCGCCAUGGAGUUCCUGGACGGGGACAGCCGGGUGCUGCGCUCCUACACGGGCGAGGAGGCCGUGCGUGACAUCGUCCAGUUCGUGCCCUUCCGGGACUUCCGCAACGUGAGUGUGGGCAGCAGGGAGGGGAUCACGGGCAGAAAUGGGGUCCCAAGCCUGGAAAUGACCCUGGAUGUGGAGCAACCCCAGAAGAGGCAGACAGAGGCAAGAGGUAGAGGGCUGGCACCCACCUGCUUUACCCCGUCCCUGAACUCCACAUCCCUUGGUGAUGCUCUGGCAUGGACCUGAGCCCCCCUGGUCCCUUCCCAGUGCCUGUAGAAAGGGGCAGAGCUGGGACCAGCCCUCCACAUGUCCCCUGUGCAGGGUGGCUUCCUGCUGCCACUGCCUGACCCACCGCUGUGUGGUGGAAAAAGUUGAGGAAGGAAGGGAAAAACAAGAUGAGCUGCAGUUCUCUGCCCAUGUUGAUCAGCCAGGAGUCAGCCCUGGGUCAGACGCACUUGCUGGGACAGGAUUUCCAGAGGAUGCAGAAAAUCAGCCUGUGCUUGUCUUCCCUCUUUCUGCAGCUAAUCAGUGUCUUUCCACUUCACCUGCUGUUACUCAAUACCUGUUUUUUUCUAGCCUACCGAGGAUGUUUCAUUCCUCCCCACCAGUGAAUUAUCCCCUGGAGGGAAGGUGUAAUAUAGAAUAUAAUAAUCCCAGGUGUAUAAAAUGCUACCUUCCAGUAGACUUGAGGGGGUAUUCAUUAAAUGCCACGGGUUGGAGCUGGAGACAGCCCAGGUGCCUUUGCUCGGUUGCUCCACUACGGCUAUUCUUAGGCUGGCGUUUGCUUCUUUUCGCCCGCAGGCCCCCAAGGAGACCCUGGCCAAAGCUGUGCUGGCAGAGCUGCCCCAGCAGGUCGUGCAGUACUUCAAGCACCAAAACCUGCCGCCCAUCAACUCGGAACCUGCGUAGAGCUGUGCCAGGCUGCGCCCUCUGCAUGUUGCCGAAGCCUGUCAGUCCUACCGAAAGCGCAUGUUCCACAUGCUUUUAAGAUGCCCUCCCUGAAACACUUUGUACUUCUUAAUUUAAUUGCUAAGUUCUUAAAACCCAUCCCAGAGAAGCAUCUGGGUUCAUUUUGUACAGUCCCGGCCCGAGGUAACACUAAGCGGCAAGGCCAUGCCCUGGUCCUGCUCUGUUGAGUCUCUUUUCAGUAUUGAAUGUACUUUGUAUAAUUUCAGUGGAACAGGAUACAAUUUUUACAAUCAAAACUUGCUUUUUCCAAGCAAUGAAAUGCUUGAUAUAUUAUUAUCAUUCAAUGAACUGGUCAUUGUAUAGUUCAUGUAUCUGUGUUGUACCUCUGUCAUGUUCUAUGUUUUUAUACUGUGUACAUGUUAUAUUUGUUAUACUCAGGUUAAUAAAGAAACUUGGACAUUUAAAA